AUGACGGCCGAAGGGCACAAUGUAGACGCGAGUAUAAUGUCGUUGGACAAGAAAGAUCAUGGCCAUUAUUUUGUCAAAAAGACGUUCGGCAAACCGGUGAAUUGUCAUCAUUGUUCCGAGAAGAUAUGGGGAAUGUUGUCUCAAGGCUACGUCUGCGAAGGUGAGUAAACAAGAGAGGUACAGUGUGAACAAUGAAAGUAGUCUUUGGACGGUAUAAAAAAUUAUAAAAAGGUGAAUGUAGGGUUAAAUAUGUAUUGUUUGAAGGUAUAAGAAUAACCAUAAGACUAAGAUAUAGAUAAUAUAUAGACGUUGCAGUACGUACUCCGUAGUAUAUAACCGGAACGUACUACGUAAAGUUCACACAGUAUUUUGCGUAGUUAAACGUAAGCCCACAAAGAGUGUGUGAUACUAAAAUAAUGCUGCAAAAACAUUUAAAUUCUACACAUUUUUUUAUAUUUAAACUUAAGUAACAUUUGAAAUAGUAAGACGCAUAUAUAUAAUAUCAUAUCACCAACAAACCCAUAAAAAAGUAAUUACAAUACUUACAAUAAACUUUUUCAGUAUGCAACUUCGUCUGCCACGACCGAUGUCUACGAACUGUAGUAUCGUACUGCAGCGGUGUAGCUCUUCAGCUCAUCAAGAAUCCAGUAGCCCAUACCUGGUCCGAGCCCUCAACCUCAAUCAAACGCAAAUUCUGUUGUGUUUGCAGAAAACGCACCGAUGACGCAUUGAGUGUAGCUUGUGAAGGUAGGUUGCUAAUUCUUGUAUUUUAGUUUUUCAAAUUUAGAUUUUUUAAUUUUUUUUAAACUUUUUUACAAAAUGAAAAAUAGCAAGAACUUUCUUUACGUAACAAAAAAAUGGCAAGAACUUUCUUUACAACGCAAAACAUAACAAGAACUUUGUUUACAAAAUGAAAAAAGACAAGACCUUUAUUUACAAUGCGAAAAAUGGCAAAAACUUUCUUUACAAAACAAAAAAUGGCAAAAACUUUAAUUACAUAAUAAAAAAUGACAAGAACUUUCUUUACAAACUUAAAAAUAGCAAUAACUUUCUUCGCAAAGCAAAAAAUGGCAAGACCUUUUUUACAAAGCAUAAAAUGGCAAAAAAAAUUUUAAAACAUUAUAUUCAAACUUCAGUAUGUGAAUACUACGUCCAUGUGGAAUGCCAAGACUUAGCAGUAAGCGACUGUCGAGAAGCUGCCACUUUCGUACCAUCUUUGGACAAAGUGUCCCACAAACAAUAUCACCAUAUGCGAGAAGGCAACGCUCCUCGCGACGCCAAAUGUGUUGUGUGCAGGAAAACGUGUUAUUCCUACGAAUGUUUCACUGGGAUGCAGUGCGAGUGGUGUGCUCUUACCGUGAGUACUACAAAGAUCAGUAUAGUACUAUAGGAAAAAUAAUUCUCGUAUUUUACCAGAAAAUCGAUAUUAACCAUGGCAGUCUGAAAACAAAUCUUACCAUCCAAUUUUAGUCCCACGCAGUAUGUCUAGCUCAAGUGAAACCGGAUUGCGACUUCGGAAUCCUUCGGAAGAUCAUGCUCCCUCCAAAUUCAGUGACCAUCCCCCGAACUGAACUUCCAAUGGAACAGCUACUGAACAUUCACGGUCCUCACGGCUCAUCACACGGGUUCCCUAAUAACGACGGUAAUAGAAAAGGUGAUCAUGGCAAAAUUGAAACUGUUAGGAAUGAAAAAACUAUUUUUUAUUUAAAAGUUUUAAUUAUUUUUCGUUGCAGAUCGUAUUUUACCUUUUAAAUAUGUUAAAACAAAGUUUUAGUUCCUUAAAACGUUUGAAUUAAAUUUGAAAAGAGCAUUUUAACCUAUGCUACUACUUGAUAACGCCUUUGAAAGAAAUUUUUCCAAAAUUUGCUCGUUUUUGGCUUCUUCAAACUGCGCCCAUGCGAUUUUCUCACUUUAUACGCUGGAAAAUGUCCAAAAAUUAAAUGUUUUUUGAAAAUUGUUUCGAACAUUAAAAUCUUUACCUCUUUCUUACUUAAAAACGACCUGUUACCUAAAAAUCAACGUCUUUACAACUCCUCAUAACUUUAUAUUUUUUUAGUCUCAUCUCCAUCACGCACCACCGCCGAGGACAACGCAUUCGCCGAGGAGAAGGAGAAAGAAGAUCACGAACUCAUUAGAAUAUACGAUGGCAACAGUUCGAUGCGGAAUCAGGUGUAUCGAACGGCACAAAUCCCGAAAAUGGCUAGCGUGGAGCAGAUCCGUGAUAUUGCGAUGAGGCGAUUUCAUAUCAACGACAAUCUAGAGUUAUAUUAUGUUACACAAGCACCGUUUGAGAUUGGAGGAGACGAGGAGAACUUGGAGGACCCGAUUCCUUUGAGGAACAUGAAAAGGCCUGAAGGGAAACGGGCUCAGAUCUACUUGAGGUACCGAGAUGAUCCGGAGAAGGCGUCGGUUAAGGUGUAUGGAGGGUGGUUAAGGUAGGUUUUUGGGGUUUUAGAGAUAAAAGAGAUAAAUUUUAGGUUGGAAGCGGGUUGUUUGAUGUUUUUUAGUCAAUUUGUAUUUUUAAUUUGCUGUUUUUGCUGUUUUAUAGCUAAUAUAUUGGUGUAAAAUAAUGUUUUUGGGAGUUUGCAUCUAAUUUUUUUGAGUUUAAACUUUGUUUUUGAAGUUUAUGGUUAGUCUUUUGAUCUAACACGAUCUUUUUAAGUUAAAAUAUUCGUUUAUACAAUAGUAGAAUGUAAGAACUCUUAUUGACAACAAUCAAUUUCUCAAAAAGAAAACCCAAAUAUCAUUAACAAUAUUGUUAUAGAAUCCCAGUAACCUUCACCGAGAUCUCCGUGACUAAAGAAACCCUAGUUCAAGACGUUCUCUUCAACGCUCUGGAAGACUUUGGGAUGGAAGGUGCGACAUGGAACAAGUACACAUUGGUCGAAGUGUCAUUAGAGAAAGGUGUAGCCGAGCGGACAGCCAAUCCCCAAGAGAAUAUGUUACAAUUGAUACGGAAUUUAAGAAAAGAUUCGUUGCGACGAUAUCACGUAGUUAGGUUUUACAUCCAGGAGAAGGAGGAUCCUCAUGAUCAUGCUGUGUUUGUGGGGAACUUACCGCCAUCUUUGGCUCAGCGGACGUAUGAGAGGAUAUUGUUGAAGCUUCUGGGGGCUAAAGGUGAGGUUUUGCCUCAAAAUUUUCAAAUUCAAAAGUUGGUUUUUUAAUUUUUUCAAAUAUAGUAUAAAAUUUUAAAAAAAGCAUUCUUAACCCAAAUCUUUCCAGAAAAACCCUUCACAGCGAUAGGUCCAAUCUACUUUGAGUACGGGUCUCUGGUCAUUACUUUCAACACUCCAAAAGCCGCAACGUCAGCAGUACAAAAGCUUCAGAAUGCCAUGUAUGAGGACAAGAAACUGAUCGUUUUGUGUCUUCCGAAUAUACAAACUCACAUGUUACCCACGGAUAUUGAGCCUUUGUUGGUAUUGGUCAAUGUGAAAAGUGGUGGAUGUCAAGGUGCUGAACUGAUGACAGCCUUCCGACGGCUUCUGAAUCCUUUCCAGGUGUUCGAUGUGUUGAAAGGUGGUCCGUUGGUUGGGUAAGUGAGGUGUUACCUAAGUUUUUGAAACUGUGAAGCUUCAAAAAUUUGGAAAGAGAAUGCCUACUACAAUAUCAAAUUUAAAAACUUUCUGAAAAAUUGAAAUUUAAUACUAAAACCAUUAAAUUACAGAUUAUAUGUCUUCCGUAACGUCCCAAAAUACCGUAUCUUAGCCUGCGGAGGUGAUGGUACGAUUGGCUGGGUACUACAAUGUCUUGACAUAGCCAAACAAGACGCCGCCUGCUUCUCCCCUCCCUGUGCCGUAGUUCCACUAGGUACUGGCAACGAUCUAGCUCGAGUGCUACGUUGGGGUGGAGGCUACACGGGCGAAGAGAAUCCACGAGAGAUUCUACAGGAUGUGAUUGAAGCCGAGGAAGUUAGAUUAGAUAGAUGGGCGGUGGUAUUUCAUGAGGAAGAACGAUCUCAACCACCCACUGGAGGGGAACAAUCGGCCGAUCCUGAUCAAAUGAUGUCCAAUCCUGAAGAUCAGACCAGUAUGAUCAUCAUGAACAACUACUUUGGGAUUGGAAUCGACGCUGAUGUGUGUCUUCAGUUCCAUAAUAAGGUAGGAUUUGAAGUUUGACUUGACAUUUUUUAAAUUUAAAAUGAAAAAAUUAAUAAUCUACUUAGAAGAUAAGAUAAAUAAGAGAAAAUUCAACAUUUUGAUACCUAUUUUACAACUAAUUCCAUUCCAGCGCGACGCAAAUCCAGAAAAGUUCUCAUCCAGACUCUUCAACAAGACUCAAUACGUCAAGAUCGGUCUUCAAAAGGCCUUUUUCGAACGAAAUUGCAAAGAUUUGUGGAAGAGAAUUGACCUAGAAGUCGAUGGCAAGAUCAUCGAACUCCCACCGGUCGAAGGAAUCUGUAUCCUGAACUUAAUGUCCUGGGGUAGCGGUGCUAAUCCAUGGGGAUCGGCGAAAGAGGAGGGCAUUUUCCAGAAGCCAACUCAUUACGAUGGCCUUCUGGAGGUGGUCGGGAUUCCGGACGUGACCAGAUUGGGCCUAAUCCAGUCCAAAAUGGGCGCUGGAAUUCGAAUUGCUCAAGGUGGAAGUGUAAGUCUUUGAUUUUCAAUAUUUUUAUUGGCAUAACUCUUGAUUAAGAGCCAAAUUUUAAUUAGUAAAACCUUAAAAGUACACUUUUUAAGUCAUAAAAAGGUUUUUCAAUAUGUCUACAAUUAGCAUAGGGAAGAUAAACCUGAAAGAAUACAGAAAAAUUAAAAACAAGGAACAACAUACCUACUACAACAUGAUUUUAGAUCAAAAUUACGACUCGAGACGAAUGGCCUGUCCAAGUCGAUGGUGAACCACAUAUUCAGCCUCCAGGCACCAUAACCAUAUUGAAAUCAGCUCUAAAAGUGAGUUUUUUUUUAUUUGUUUCAAUGAUUUUAGACCUUGCAGGCUGCGCGGCUAUUUUAUACGAUAAAAAAUGUUUUGAAAUUUUUAAUCUAGCUGUACUUAAAAAAAUUAAAUUUGACUAUUUCAAGGCCAAAAUGCUCAAAAAAUCGAAAAAGAAGCAACGUACCAAUUCGAAUCAUGUAGCUCAAACGGUUCGGGCAGUGCAAAGCGAAGGAUCACCUUGUGCUUACUCUUCGCCGCAUCUCGGGGUAUCUAUCCAAUCGUCUCAUGGCAAAUCGACACCAGAUGACAUUCAAAACACGGAUGAUGACCAGGACGAAUUUUUGUAA